AUGGACGCCUUCGAGUACAACCCCAAUCCCGGCCGCGUCGUCUUCGGCAGUGGCACUCUACAGAAACUGCCUGAUGAGAUUGCCCGUUUACAAGUAAAGGCGCCAUUGGUGCUGUCCACGCCGCAGCAGAUCGGUCAGGCUGAGACCGUCAAGGAGGUCCUCAAGGGCCAGGUCGCUGGUAUCUUCAGCGAGGCGACCAUGCAUACUCCGACUCAUAUUACCGACAAGGCUCUCGAUUAUGCCAAGGCCCAGGGUGCCGACUCGGUUAUUUCCAUUGGCGGUGGUAGCACCAUCGGAUUGGGUAAGGCAAUUAGUAUUCGCACUGGUCUGCCGCAUAUCUGUAUUCCAACAACGUAUGCCGGAAGCGAAAUGACACCUAUUCUGGGUGAAACGGCCGAUGGCCUCAAGAAGACUCGAUCUGAUCCUAAGAUCCUGCCCGGCACGGUCAUUUACGAUGUCGACUUGACUAUGACUUUACCCGCGGCGAUGAGUGCUACUAGUGGUGUCAAUGCCAUUGCUCAUGCGGUCGAGGCUCUUUACGCCCGCAACACAAACCCCAUCAUCAACAUGAUGGCCAUCGAAGGCACACGUGCCCUCGCAUCUGCCCUCCCUGAGAUCGUCGAGGAUCCCUCCUCGCAAUCAGCCCGUUCUCGUGCUCUGUACGGUGCAUGGCUCUGUGGAACAUGCCUCGGUAGCGUCGGCAUGUCUAUCCACCACAAGCUGUGUCACACUUUGGGCGGUAGUUUCAAUCUUCCUCACGCAGAGACUCACACCGCCGUCCUGCCACAUGCUAUUUCUUACAAUGCUCCCAAUAUCCCCGAGGCUGUGGAGCUGCUUGCCGAUGCGCUGCCGGACAGCAACGGUGAUGCUAUCCAUGGCUUGAAUGUUCUGUUGACCAAGCUUAAGGUUAAGCGUGGCCUAAAGGACUUUGGUAUGAAAGAGGAGGAUGUGGAUAAGGCAGCUGAUAUUGCGGUCUCGAAUCCGUAUUGGAAUCCUCGGGCUAUUGAGCGGGAGCCGAUUCGUGAGCUUAUUCGCCGUGUUUGGGCGGGUGAGCCGGCGCGCGCCGAUUUAUAA